AUGGAACCUAAACUUGACUUUCAGAAGAUUGAUGCCCAGAUCGAUGUUUCUUUCUGGAUGAAGUAUAACAAACUAAAGCUUGAUAAGUUCAAACUUUCAACAGACCCCGUUCCAAUUUAUGGGUCUUAUCAACUACCAAUGGUUCAGGAUCUCCCAAGAGAUUUGACAAUAGAUGAAUACUCUAUUGAGCAUAAGGAUAAGAAAACUCAAGGAGGACUACUAGAGUCUAGAUUUGAAGGACUUCUAUUAAAUACUAACACUAUCGAAGAAUUUAAAACCCUAGAUAUCAACACAAAGUCAAAGGAGCUGUUGUCGGAGCAAUUCAUCAAAGAUAUUCUUGAAGAAAAAUGGCUGGAUACUCCUGAGAUAUUAAACAAGUUUUUGCUUCUCUCCUUUGCUGAUCUGAAGAAGUAUGUAUACCAAUACGCAUAUCACACCCUUGUUAUUGACGAUUCUGUAUUUCAAGUUACUGUUUCAAGAAGCAAACUACUUCACAAACAGUACAAAAAGGACAAAGAAGGUCUUGAUAAAAUUGUAAAUGCCUUCUUGACUUAUAUCUCGAACAAAGAGGAAGAUAAAUCAUUUAACACUCCGUUCAUUGUGUGCUCUGAAGAAACCGGAGAAGUAGUUACUUUAAAGCAUGCUUUGGAAGAUCCUUCUAAGCAUAUCAUCUUCAUGAUAGAUCCUUCCCCAAAACUGCCAAGUAUCAUCUUGAAGAAUCUAUUGUUUGCUUUCUCGACCAAAAUUUCUGAAGCAACAACUUUUCGGUUGAUAUCCUUAAGAGAUAAAAUAUCCAGGAAGGGUGAACAAUUUGAACCAAAACAUUCCUUAUACUUCGAGGUUUCUAUUGAUCCUUCUAAGGUAGACCAGGAAACUAGCCUAGCUUUCACUCCUUGGAGCGGAAAGAAUAAUUUACUAGACUUGAAAGGAAUCUUUGAUCCUGAAUCCUUAGCUAAAAGUGCAGUAGGACUUAACCUUAAGCUAAUGAAGUGGAGAAUGGUUCCAGAUUUAGACCUUGAAGUUGCAGAGGAAAAGAAGAUUUUACUCCUUGGAUCUGGCUCUCUUGGUUGCCAAAUCGCAAGGAAUCUUUUAUCUUGGGGUUUUGUGAACUUUACUUUUGUUGAUUAUGGAAAUGUAUCCUUCUCUAACCCAGUUCGUCAAUGUCUAUUCACAUUCCAAGAUAGUAUCGAAGAAAAAAAUAAAGCUGAGUGUGCAGCUCAAAGACUAAAAGAGGUAUAUCCUUUAGUCAAAACUGAAGGAAUAAGGCUGAGUAUCCCAAUGCCAGGUCAUCCAGGCAAAACUGAGGAAGCUGAAAAUCAGAUUAGAGAAUCAUACAGAAAGCUAGACAAAUUGAUUCAAGAGCAUGAUAUAAUCUACCUUAUUACAGACAGUAGAGAAUCUAGAUGGCUACCAACAGUCCUUUCUGCUAUUCACAACAAAAUCUGCAUGACUGUAGCUUUAGGUUUUGAAACAUUCUUAGCAAUGAGACAUGGAAUGAGCUCAGAGCACCAUGACAAAGAAAUCCAUGGAGAAUAUAGACUAGGAUGAUAUUUCUGUAAUGACACUGUUGCUCCAAGAAACUCAAUGCAAGAUAGAACUUUAGAUCGCCAAUGUACAGUAACAAGACCAGCCAUGUGCACAAUGGCAAGCUCUAUAUCAGCUGAGUUGUUAAUGAGUCUUCUAAACCAUCCUCUAAGACAAGGUGCUCAUUGUGAUGAAGAGAUUCUCAAAUCAGAUAGAAGUGUGUUAGGAAUUAUACCCCAUCAAAUCAGAGGAGACAUGAACGAUUACAGAGUAACUCCAAUGUGCGGAUAUUCAUUUGACAUGUGCAUCGCUUGCUCACCAAGUAUUCUUGAGCAAUUUAAGAGUGACCCAGAAGAAUUCUUACUGAAGGCAUGCAACUCCCCUGGAUAUCUGGAAGAUGUGAGCGGAAUAACUAAAAAGAUGGCUGAAAUCAAUUUUGAUGACAUUGAUGUCCUUGAUGAUUUUGAGCUUGAUAGUAGCGAAGAAGAGAAUGAAAAUGGAGAAGAAAAGAUUAAAACAUAA